AUGCUAUCUUCUGCUCCCAUCAUGAAGCCUCCCGACUGGUCUUUGCCGUUUGAAAUCAUGUGUGAUGCAUCUGAUUAUGCUGUGGGUGCGGUCCUGGGACAAUAUGAAGGCAAGCUUCCUCAUGUCAUCUACUAUGCUAGCAAGACUCUGAUGGAUGCUCAAGUCAAUUACACAACAACAGAAAAAGAGCUACUAGCCAUUGUCUUUGCCUUGGAUAAAUUCCGCUCAUAUCUUUUGGGAUCCAAGGUAAUCAUCUACUCAGAUCAUGCGGCUCUGCGCCAUUUGCUGGCCAAGAAAGAAACUAAGCCCCAGUUGAUUCGAUGGAUACUUCUUCUGCAAGAAUUCGACACCAAAAUACGGGACAAGAAGGGAACUGAGAAUGUUGUCGCCGACCACCUAUCACGGAUUAUGUUUGAGAAACCUCAGCCUAUUCCAGUUAAUGAUUCCUUCCCGGAUGAGCAGCUAUUUGAGAUUACUUCGAGGGAGCCGCCUUGGUAUGCUGAUAUUGUUAACUAUUUAGCCACAGGUCGGAUCCCUUCUCAUUGGUCUAAACAAGACAAGGAUCGCUUCUUCAAGCAAGUCCGAUCUUAUUUUUGGGAAGCUCCAGAGUUAUUCAAGUAUUGUGCUGAUCAGAUAAUCCGCCGCUAUGUUACCGAGAGUGAAUUCCACAAUAUUCUUACAUUUUGCCAUUCAUUAGCAUGUGGAGGACACUUUAGUGCCAAGAAAACUGCAGCCAAGGUUUUACAGAGCGGAUUCACAUGGCCUACCUUGUUCAAAGAUGCCUAUGGGUUUUGUCGGGCUUAUGAGAGGUGCCAACGCCUUGGAGCUAUGUCUCGGAGAGACAUGAUGCCACUAAGCCCUAUCCUAAUUGUUGAAAUCUUUGACGUUUGGGGUAUCGACUUCAUGGGACCCUUCCCACCAUCUUUUGGGUUUGAGUAUAUUCUUGUAGGAGUGGAUUAUGUCUCUAAAUGGGUCGAGGCUGUGGCCACCAAGACUAAUGAUCACAAGGUUGUGGUCAAAUUCAUCCAGGCCAACAUUUUCAGUCGAUUCGAUACCCCACGGGCCAUCAGAGGUAAGUACUUUUGCAAUCGGUUUCUCAAGACGUUGCUCCUUAAAUAUUCUGUCUCACACAAAGUAGCCACUCCCUACCAUCCUCAAACUAGUGGCCAAGUAGAAGUUUCCAACAGGGAGAUUAAGCACAUUCUAGAGAAGACCGUUAGGCCAGAUCGCAAGGAUUGGUCCCUGCACCUCCAUGAUACACUGUGGGCCUAUCGCACAGCUUACAAGACAUCAAUCGGUAUGUCUCCAUACCGGAUUGUUUGUGGCAAGGCAUGCCACCUUCCUGUGGAACUAGAGACAAAGCUCUGUGGGCAAUCAAGCAGUUCAAUUUUGACAAGAAAGAAGCUAGCUCUCAUCGGGAACUUCAGUUGA